AUGGUACGCAGUCGGGAGCGGGGUGAGAGGGAGGCCAAAAGGCCUCGUGGGUCAGGAGGUUUUAGUGGUGUUCCUUCAGGAGGUCAGUUCUACCGCGGCAGGGGUCAUCCUUAUAGGCAUGCUCAUACGACUAGUCCAAUUCACUAUGGUGCAUCAUCCGGACAUGGUUCAUUUAGUACAUAUCACGUCCAGUCAUCUCUCAUUUCCAUUCCAGCUCAUAGUUCGUCCCAUGCACCUUCAGUUCAGGGCUCAUCGGCACCGGGUUCUUCUAGCGGGUAUUCUGGUGCUCGAGGCUCCCUCCAGUCCCCAUCGUCAUUCGCAGGGAGAGGUUGUUUCGAGUGUGGAGAUAUGGGUCACAUUAAGAGGUAUUGUCCCUACCUUAUGGGAGGUCCAGCUCAGCAGAAGAGUCAGCCUACGACUUCACCACCCGUCCAGCCAGCUCGGGGUAGAGCUUAG